AUGGGGGAUGGCAAAUGGAGCUCGGACCAUGCGCCGAUGCUACUGCAAGCCCUGACCGCCAAGCAUGACGGCGCAGCAGCAGCCUCCUUCUCCUUGUUGGAGGGCGAUGGGGAGGAGAAAAAGAUCUUCAACAAGAUUGCCAAGAUCUUCAUCCGCCCUCGCAGCUCCACCCGGCUCCUUGCUGCCGACCCCUCCGCAUGGCUGAUGCUCAUUGUUGAUGCGCAUAAGCUCUGGCUCAGCAACAACCUCACUCUCCAUCCAUCUGGGGAAGAUGAAGAAGAUGGAUACUCAGAAGAAUACCACAAGAAGCUAACAGAAAAUAAGGGGCGCCCCAAGCCCCGCGAACAGCACGUGGGCAUGGCUGUGCCCACCACCCAACAGACGCUCCUGCUACAUCGCAAGAAACGGCCCGCCAGACUCUCCCUGCCCUCCACGCUUCGCCGCCACUCUAAGUCUCUCGCCCCCAAUCCCCUACUGGUUCUGGUAGGGUUUUGCGGAAGCCGUUGA